UCACGAUGUGUUUCCGCAACUAAACGCCAUAGUUGCGAUCUUCUUUUGUCCGUGACCAUUUUGAUCACACAUCAUAAGCAAGAUCUAACGAAGAUCCAUCAGAUAACUAUUGCAUAUACAACAGCACUGUUUGUAUAGCAGCAUCAUCUGGAGGACCGCAGGAUCUGUGCAUACUGACGUGUGGUUGUAUUACCGGCAUUUUCGGAGCAUUUUUGGGAUCGUCGCCAAGUGCGAUCUAGCAUACAUACCGACGAACGGGGAAAAACACCGGAGGUGCUAGCGUUUUCUGUUGUUUCACGCAUCCGCUGCUAAAACCCACGAAAAGUCCAAAAUGGCAGAAAUGGAGGAUACCCACUUCGAGGCCGCCGACUCCGGCGCAUCCCAAACCUUCCCGAUGCAGUGCUCGGCUCUGCGUAAAAAUGGUCACGUUAUGCUGAAGGGACGUCCCUGCAAGAUCGUUGAAAUGUCUACCUCCAAGACCGGCAAACACGGACAUGCCAAAGUUCACAUGGUUGGCAUCGACAUCUUCACUGGCAAAAAGUACGAAGAUAUUUGCCCUUCGACCCACAACAUGGACGUCCCCAAUGUCAAGCGCGAAGACUACCAACUGACUGACAUUGACGACGGAUUCUUAGUGCUAAUGAGUGACAACGGUGACCUGCGUGAAGAUCUGAAGAUCCCCGAUGGCGACUUGGGUACCCAGUUGCGCUCAGAGUUCGAUUCCGGCAAGGAGAUAGUCUGUACCGUACUGAAAUCUUGUGGCGAAGAGACUGUUAUUGCCAUCAAAAACAACACUGCAGCUGAUAAAAACUAAUACUUUGCCCGUUGCCCUACCAAUAUUCACACAAGCGAGCAGCAGCGAGAACAGGAGGAACGGCGCAGGAGAUAGAGAGCCAGAGCAAAAAGAUCCAUAGAAUUGAAAUUAUCAGCAGAAAGCAAACAUUCACCAAACACACAAACACACACACUCCCAGAGCACUACUUCCGUUCCUGUGGUCAACAGCAGCAGGAUCUAGCAUCAGCAUCAGCAACAGCAGCGGCAGAACCAAGAUCACCGUCUCCACCAUCAGCGGCAGCAGCAGCAGCAGCAGAAGUCGCUGAAAGUACUACACCCCCGGAGGCAUGAGAAAUGAAAAUAAACGUGAAAACAAGCGAAAUGCGGUAGCAAUAACUAAUGCUACUACUACUACUACUCUACUACCAGAAGGAACGCACCAUUGUUAAAAGAAGACUAAUAAUACCAUCUUUGGAGAAAGUGAUCCGUACUUGUUUCGUUUCAACUUUGGACGUGCUAUCAAAGAAAAUGGACAACCGGGGAAGAAGCGAGAUUUCAAACUCUCCCCCGAUGAGCGCGCGGCACCAAGAUUCUCAGCGCGCGCCUUACGUGGCGGGUGAUCGAUGAUGAUGAUGAUGCGAAAGCGGAACGCGGACGAUACCAUUAUUGCAUUUUUUGUUUGUUUUGUUUUGUUCCUACAUUUCUAACAAACGGUGGAAACAGCAAACAGCGCCUGGAAGGCGGAGAAGAACGGAAAGGGUCAUCCGAAUCCGGAAGGAACUCAUGUUAGUAACACGAGCGAUCAAGUGGUGCGUGUGCGGAGCGGUUUUCGUUAGGUUCUGCCUUGCCUGAUAGUUGUACGGGGCGAAGAGAAUACCAUGCACAAUUAUAGAUAACACGCAGCUGGGCGAUGACUGUUUUGCUUACAUUACUCGUAAGCAGAUCCCCAGACGAUCGCCGCCGGCGCCUUCGUCGUCAUUCGUUAGAUUUGGAAGAGACAAAAGAAGACAGGUGAGCAGCCAGGAAGCGAGAGCAAGAGUUGUCGGAGCAGAGCGGAACCGUGUGUAGGUGUAGAAAAGCGAACGGAAGCGAGAGUAGCAAUAGUAAAACAGAUUAAUUCAUAACAAACGAGAACUUUUCGAGACAAUGAUAAGAGUUUUGUGUUCGUUUUCUUAUGGUUUUGUUUUUGCCUAUUUUUUGCCUAAGAAUAAAUGCGCCUCCAACCCGCCAACAUCGUACUAUACUCUAAAAACACAAUGUUAAGCAAAAGAAGAAACAAAUCAAUGGCUACACACAAUCAAGCGUUAAGUGAAACAAACCCCCCCGGGGCUGGCCGGCCGGCCGGUCGACGGUGCUCAUCUUUAAACUGUGGCCCCAGAGAGUAGCACGAGAUGUGCACGCAUGGUUGGCGACAGCCAUGGGAACAGGCCAAGCGGAGCGAAUGAUCUCCUCAAAACGGAACACGAUCAGCAGUAGGAGUUAGUGGCAGCGGGCGGUUGAAGAUGAGGCAGCCACCGGAAAGCCGACACACCCACAAUCAUUGACACCACAUCCAGAGCAAACCAAUAGCGAAAGACGGCGCAAAAUUCAUACGGGGCGCGAGCGAUGUACGUCCCGGCGUUACUCCAAAUUGUUACUGCAUAACGCGCAGAAUAAAAAACGGUAUAAAAUAAACAGAAAACUGAGUAAAAAUAAGACGCAUGAGAGUAUGGCAACUGGAACCGCCCGGGAACGUGCCCGCCGGUAAUCGAUCAGGCCGGUAGAGAAAGGAUAUGGCCGAAUGGUGGAGCCGAACGAACAAGUGGUGAAAGCAAUCAAACGCGCUUCAGUGCAAGGGGAAAGAACGUGUUUAAUCCGACAUUCAAAAAGUGUGUGUUUGUUGGGCGGUGGGGGAGAGCGUUAGGAGGAGUCCAAGGCGUUGGCAUCACGAUGGCCGAUUUAGACUAGAUCAUACGAUCGGCCUCAAGCAAACACUGAAACAACAUACAAUAAGACGUUGAUCGUUAGGUAGAAAGAUUAUGUGGGGCAACAGUUUUACGUGGUGUCAACGGUGUCGGUCGGUAGGAGACAGGGAGAUAACCACACAAGAUUCUCCGGCGUUGGAAAAGGGAAAAAUGGAAUAAAAAAAACGGAAAAACAUCAGUCACCAAAACAAUUCGGCUUUCUUUCUUCCAUUCGCUCGCGAGAAAAAUCAAUGUGCGCGAAGAAACAAUGAGGCAUCCCCUCAGCGCUACGCCUUUUUUGAGUCCUCACACUCGGUUAGUCCUCGUUUAUCCGGUCCUUAUCUUAUCAACGCGGAAGCAAUAUUUUUUAAUAAAUGUUAAAUCCCUGGGGACAGCAAAGCGCAACAUAACGAAGCUUAACACCGCUGUUCGGUCUCAGUUUUUCGCUCUGACCUUUUAGUUUCUACUUUGUGUCGAAAGAAAUCAUCCACACGCGGCGCAAUGCAGCAACGCUUUAUGGUUGGCUGCGCCACGUGCGUUCAAAACACGUGUGCGCUGCGUAGAAAGGCUCGGACGGAUAUGGGAGCAAGCGCGCUGAGAGAGAUACAAAAGGAAUCUUACGGAGGACACAAGAAUUUGAUUACAAAUAUAUAGUAACACACUAAAAAACGGUGCGUGUACGACUUAUAGAGAGGGGAAACAAAGAUUAUUAAAGGCAUGCAUGAAAAAAAAUACUAGGAUAAAAUAUAAUAAAAUGGAACAAGAAGUAACAAGUUUGUGUGGACGAAUGCGUGCCAGCAACAGGGACGAGAGCGUACCGUGGUGGCCAGUUUACGGACAAGGGCAUCUGUGCAGCUGACAUACCGAACGCCGAAAGAAUGAUAGAUAGUACGCGCUAUGGAGAAUAGCGAGGAUUAGGAAACAAUAUUAUGCGCCUACGGUGGCCGCGAAACGAGCAAGAACAAUAUAUUCAACCACAUGCCACGUAUCGGGAAGGGUGAGCUGCUUUCUGCAGCCCCGACAAGCCGGAACUACUAGGUCGUUAGCUUUUUUACGUUGUCUUUUUGCAUGAUCGGUCACACGGCCAAGGUUUCCAUUGUUGCCAUCAACGUGAACCUCACAGGGAGAUUUUAUAUUAAACAAGAGCAUUGGUUACGGAGUUUGGUUGGUAAACGUUUCGGAUUGGAGCGUAAGUAAUUUGAAUUUCUGAAUUGACAGAUAUUCUGAUGUUUUGAAUUCAUGGGUUACUUUGAUUUUGUGGAUUGUCUCAUUUUUGCUGGAAUGUUGCAAACGAAAGGGCCAAAAAAGUAAACUUUAAACACAUGUUAUGCGAAAAUGUUAUUUCUUUUCACGUUUUAUAUUGAUUUCGUAAAUGGUUCUAAGAUCUGUUUCGAAACUGUUAGCUAAUAGAUAUGGCAAAAAAACAGACAUACACAUCCCGGCAAUGGAAACUUAAAGCAAAGCGGAACACUGAAAAGGGCAAAACAAUAAAUACAUUUGCGAACACAUAGUGCAGCAAACAAGGCUACAACACAAAACCACAAACCCCACAACUAAUGGUUAAACUGAAACGCGUAUUCGUCAAACCCCUAAUCAUCCCAGGCAAACAGUUAUCGAAAGCAAGGAGCAAAAUAAAUUUGUAAAAGAUUUAAAACUAUUAAACUAGCCAAAAACUAAUUGGAACAAUAGCGGAGCGUUUAGCAUCUCCAACGUAAGCCAACAAAACUAUCGAUUGAAGGAGGCAGCAAUGGGCGCGGGCAAAUCCGUGGACCGGUGGGUAAAACAAUGGGCCCGUGGAAACAGGAAAUCAAAAGCUGAGUAACACCACAAAUCGUUGACUUCGUGUAAGAAGCUACUCACUGGAACUGGGCAGAAAGGAACGAACGAAAACUAACGAAAGAGAGCAAAGCAAACGCACGUGACCCGGCCAAACAAUCUCAGUGGAAAGCAUGGAAACAAUCGUUAAAGAGAAGUGAGUGAACCGCCUAAAGCGGGGACAGUUUCGGGAUGGACAACUGAGGAUCUACUAAGGUUGGCGUUCAAAACAGAACGAGAACACAAACGAAAACCCCGGAGUAUGUAUAAAAG